AAGCCAUUCUUUAUAACACCAAGGAAGAAGAACCUCUCCCUAAACCCUUAACAGCACGCCAAAUUAUUCAAAAAACUCUCAGUUUAGAAAAACAUCUAAAGACAAUUUUGGCCAAAGGAGGCUUAAUGGAUGCACUGGCCCGCAAUAAUUUAAAAGAUGAUUGUCGUAGUUUGCAAAAUAUUUUAAAGGAGGCGAUUCAUGACUAA